AUGUCUCCAAGAACAGAAGUCAUUCUCUUCAUUACUCGUGCAAUACACAACUUCUCAAUACGCCCCACUGUUCACGACCUCAUUAAGCUACGACUAUGUUUAAUAAGUGCUGGUUUCAAAACCCAUCUUACUCACUUCUGGAUGGAUCGGACCCGCCAUCGCGGCUCAAAACCCGCCUCCCCAAUGUCAGAUGCCGCUUGGGCCCAACUGCUCCCUCCGCAGGGAGGUUACUUCUCACACCCCGUCAUUGCCCCAGAGCGAUCCACUUUCUCGGUGUAUCACUAUUUACAUUGCCUCAACGGCAUACGAACCGGAUUUUGGACGGUUUUCAAUAUGGCGACUGCUGGCGAGAAGGUUGACCCCCAAGACCUUCCAAUGAUGAUCUCUCCGCCCCAUAUUCGGCACUGCAUCGACCUCCUUCGACAGGCUCUUAUUUGUAAUCCAGAUUUGACCAUAGAGGUCAAGGAUGAAGAAGCCGGAGGUGUACAUGGGUUUGGAGAAACACAUCAAUGUAUCGACUGGACUGAGCUUAAGCAAUGGACAACACGCUGGGAGUCAUGGAAAGAACCAGAUUCAUCUUUCUGA